AUGACUCGUCCAAAGGAUCUCUCAAGCAGGCCCAAGUUCUCCACCAUUGAGGACGACACUCUCCUCAGAAAGAAAAAGGAAAAGGGAUUAGAGAGUGAAACUGAUGAUUCUGGAAUUGUGAAGCCUAAUGAUGUACAUGAGGAGAGGCGUCUGGCUACACUAGAUAUUUUUGCUGGUUGUGGUGGCAUGACUUGGGGACUGGAGCAGGCAGGUGUAACUGAAACAAAGUGGACAAUCGAGUAUGAAGAGCCAGCUGGGCAGGCAUUUAAGCAAAACCAUCCAGUAAACUGUAAUGUGAUUCUUAGGGCCAUAAUGGAGAAAUGUGGAGACCAAGAUGAGUGUGUCUAUACUACAGAGGCAAAUGAUCUGGCAGCUAAACUCAAUGAGGAUCAAAAGAAGGCAGGUGCAUAUGGAGUUUCCCAAUCUCGCAAAAGAGCUUUUAUUUGGGCAGCUGCACCUGAUGAAGUUCUUCCGGAAUGGCCUCAACCUAUGCAUGUCUUUGCUACUCCCAAGCUGAACAUCUCUCUCUCCAAAGGUUUGCGCUAUGCUGCUGUUCCUAGUACUCGAUUUGGUGCUCCUUUCCGCCCAAUCACUGUGAGAGACACCAUUGGUGAUCUUCCACCAGUUGAAAACGGAGAAUCGGAGACCAAAAGACAGUUGCUAUUCAAUAUCAAGGCCAACUUCUCCACCACUAAGGAAGACACUCUUUUGAGAAAUAAAAAGGGGAAAGGAUUAGAGAGUGAAACUGAUUCUGGAAUUGUCAAGCCUAAUGAUGUACAUGAGGAGACGCGUCUGGCUACACUUGAUAUUUGGUUGUGGCAACUUCCCAACUUCCAUCAAAGAUCCUCAGCCAUCGGGUUAUGUCCAAGCCUAGGGAACAUCAUAUGA